UUCUUCACCAUCUUUUACUUAAAACAAACUGAGAUCCUUGUAGGCCCUCUCUAGACCUACAGAACUGGGAAAGAAUCCUUUCCAGCUGGGCAGGGUGGUACAUUGUUUGCCGCGACUGAGAAACCAGUUUUGAGAGGAUGCAGCGCGUCGGAAAUGGAAGUCGCUCUGUGACCCACGUCUGCCGCCCACAAGACCACGCCAGAGAGCCGGGUGCAGGAUGAGCCAGCCGCGCACUGUCCACCCAAGAUACACCAGGCCCUCCGACUGAACCCCGAGAGCCUGAAGAUGUCUGCGUGCAGUGACUUUGUGGAGCACAUCUGGAAGCCCGGGUCUUGCAAGAACUGCUUCUGCCUGCGGGGCGACCAUCAGCUGUCGCCCACCUGUCCCCAGCCCAGAGCAGGCGGCCUGCCUCCUCCUCGCCUGCCCCCCAGACCUGAGCAUUGCCGCCUGGAAGAUGAGGGUGUGAACAGCUCGCCCUACUCCAAGCCCACCAUCGCCGUGAAGCCCACCAUGCUGAGCUCCGAUGCCUCCGACGUGUGUACAGAGGCGAACAUGAGCCCCAACGCCUCGCAGGACAUCUGGAGAUGGGCCCCCAGCAAGCUGCCCUUCCCGAAGCAGGAAGACGCGCCGAUGGUCUGCCUGGGCAGCUUCCGAGGCGUCCAGAAGCCUGCUGUCCCGGCUGCCCCCGCAGAUGGCCACUCUCGCUGCUCACCGGUGUAUGCCAUGGUCGGCCUGCACAGCCCAGGGGCCCGGGGGGAGCGGAGCACUGCCUUCCACCCGCUGAGUUUCCCCGAAGAGAAGGCUGGGCGAGAAGGAAAACCCACGUUUCCCCACCAAGAGCCGACCUCCGCCCAGGAGAGCCGCCACCAGAAGCUCGCUGGCUUGGGCAGCAGGACGACACCUGGCUAUGCCAAGGACCCUGGGACCCACCCCUCUCCACAGCCCCUGCGGGAGUCCCUGCCCUCUGAGGAUGACAGCGAUCAGAGGUGCUCACCCUCCGGGGACAGCGAAGGGGGAGAAUAUUGCUCCAUCCUGGACUGUUGUCCCAGGAGCCCCGCUGCCAAGGACACCUCCCAGGGCGAGGGGCCCCGACACAGACCCGGCGGAGGGGACCGCUCCCCCACGUGCUGGGAGCAGGGAAUGUGUGGGGGGCCGGCUGAGGAUGUGAAGCAGGUGCUCGGCUUCCCGAGGGAGUGCUGUGGCCAGGGCCCCGCACAGACCCCGCCCCACCCGGGCCCCCGGAAGCUGUCCCCUCCCUCCGAGGUGGCCAGCUCCUCGGACUGCCUGUCCUGCGGCAGUGCCAGCAGCGGCGCCAGCAGCCCCUUCGCCCCCCAUCUUGAGAGUGAUUACUGCUCCCUCGUGAAGGAGCCUGUGCCGGGAAAGCAGCAGGACUCCGGCUGCCACGCGGUGGCCUCUAACAGGUGCCUUGGGCCGACUGGGGAGCCCCAGCCCCCCACCCACCCCAGGGAGGCUGUGCAGCCCGAACCCAUCUAUGCCGAGAGCACCAAGAGGAAGAAGGCUGUCCCGGUGCCCUCUAGGCCACAGGGCAAGGCGGAGCAGCCAACAGCUGGCCCCAGCCAGGGCCACGGCCAGGGCAGGAUGGUUAGCACCUGGACUCAGAAAGCGGCAUCUGGCGGUAGCCGGGACAGGGAAGGCCCCGAUGUGGGCCCCAAGGUGGCGGCCACCAUCACCAUCAUGGCGGCCUCCCCGAAGGAGGACCACCGGACCAUCUACCUGAGCAGCCCGGACUCUGCGGUGGGCGUGCAGUGGCUACGCCCGUCGGUGAGCCAGGACUCCGGAGCAGGCGACCAGGAGACGUCAGCUGGGCAGGGGAAGGGCUCCAGGGAAGGCCACCAUCAUGCUGCGAGCCAGAACGUCCCCAAGGGGAGGCCUGCCAUUCCUCCCAAGCUGUCCAAGGGGAGCCCCGGAGGGUCCCCGGUGUCACCCUCCCCCUCCCCACUGUCCGACCUCAGCGAAGGGAGCUCGGGCGGUAGCACCGGGCCCCAGCCUUCGUCCCGGUGCCCUGCCGACCCUGCUUCUUCCUGCCGGGCCAACGGUGUCACCAACCACGACUCUGCCAAGUGUCCCCCACCUGCCACCACUGCCUCGGUCGCGGACCAGAGGCGGCCCCGGUACCAGACUGGGGCCUGGAGCCGUCAGUGCCGGAUAGAGGAAGAGGAGGAGGUGGAGCAGAACCUGCUGAGUCAAAGCUGGGGAGGAGAGACGAUGGCGAAGGGCACCGCGGACCCCUCCAGCUCCUCUACCUGGCACCAUCUCUGCCCCACCGACCGCGCCUCGGGGCAGAACGACAAAGCGGGGACUGGGAUGAGCAAAUCGGCCUCUUUUGCCUUUGAGUUCCCCAAGGACAGACAUGGGAUUGAGGCCUUCUCACCUCCUCCGCCACCUCCAAAGUCCAGGCACCUUUUAAAAAUGAACAAGAGCAGCUCUGACUUGGAAAAAGUGAGCCAGGGCUCCGCAGAGAGCCUCAGCCCAUCCUUCAGGAGCGUCCACGUCAGCUUCACCACAGGCUCCACGGACAGCCUGGCCUCAGACUCCAGGACCGGCAGCGAUGGAGGCCCAUCGUCUGAGCCGCCUCACUCGCCCACCAACAGUGGGAAGAAGCUCUUUGCUCCUGUUCCAUUCCCUUCGGGCUCCACCGAGGACGUGUCCCGCAGCAGCCCCCUGCAGCCCCCGCCUCUCCCCCAGAAGAAGUUAGUGAGCCGGGCGGCCUCUUCACCCGAUGGCUUCUUCUGGACCCAGGGCUCCCCCAAGCCGAGAGCAGCAAGUCCCAAGCUGAACCUCAGCCACUCGGAGAUCAACGUCCGCGCGCAUGAGGAGUCCCACUUCGGCCACGGGUACCGCCACCGUCACGGCUUCUCUUCGGAGCCUCUGGAGAAAACUUUCAAGGGCAAUGGCCACUGGGUCCCAGCACCGGGGCUGGCAGGUGGCAGAAGCGGCAGCGGCAGCCCCAGCCUCCAGUGCAAGGGGGUGCCCUCGGCCUCAUCCUCCCAGCUGAGCGUGGCCAGCCAGGCCUCCACCAGCAGCAACCAGCUCCAGCUCCACAGCCUGCUGAGCAGCAUCAGCAGCAAGGAGGGCACCUACGCCAAGCUGGUGGGGCUCUACGCCCAGUCCCUCGUCCGCCUCGGGGCCAAGUGUGAGGACCUGUUCAUGGGCCGCCAGAAGAAGGAGCUGCACUUCAAUGAGAACAACUGGUCGCUCUUCAAGCUGACCUGCAACAAGCCCUGCUGUGACUCGGGGGAUGCCAUCUACUACUGUGCCACCUGCUCCGAGGACCCCGGCAGCACCUACGCUGUGAAAAUCUGCAAAACCCCCGAGCCCAAAGUGGCCUCCUACUGCAGCCCGGCUGUGCCCGUGCACUUCAACAUCCAGCAGGACUGCGGCCACUUCGUGGCCUCGGUGCCCUCCAGCAUGCUCGCCGCUCCCCCCCCAACGGCCCCCACCUGUGAGGGGGUGCCCAGUGAGAAGCACCUGCCCCGGCUCAUUAUCAGCAACUUCCUGAAGGCCAAGCAGAAGCCGGGUGGCACCGCCAACCUGCAGCAGAAAAAGAGCCAGGCCCGGCUGGCCCCCGAGAUCGUGUCUGCCUCCCAGUACAGCAAGUUCGAUGAGUUCCAAACAGGCAUCCUCAUCUACGAGCUGCUGCACCAGCCCAACCCGUUCGAGGUGCGGGCCCAGCUGUGGGAGCAGGACUACCGGCGGGAGGACCUGCCGCCCCUGCCCACCCUGUCCCUGUGGGUGCUGCAGUGCCUGCUGUGGGGGCCGCGGCGGGAGCUGGUGGAGCAGCGGGGCACCUCGGAGGAGGCGCUGAGCAGCGCGCUGCACAAUUGGAUCGACAUGAAGCGCGCCCUGAUGAUGCUGAAGUUCGCCGAGAAGGCCGUGGACCGCAGGCGUGGGGUGGAGCUGGAGGACUGGCUCUGCUGCCAGUACCUGGCGUCCGCGGAGCCCAGCGCCCUCUUACAGUCGCUCAAGCUCCUGCAGCUUCUGUGAGCACAGCCCCAGCCUGCACUUUAGCUGCCCUUUUCUGUGGCUACCCCCUUCGCUUCCAGCCCCUUCCUGGUGUCCGUCCUGACCCCCGUGCCCUGCCUGCCUCAGAAAACUUCGUGUCUCCCUGGGAAAUGGUACAGUGACUGUCCUACUUGGAUGUAAUAUAUAUAAAGUGUAUAAAUGUAAAAGGCUGAGGCUGUUGUUGCCGCCUGGGCCGCCUCUGCUCCCCGGGGGCUCCUGGUUUCUCUGCUGUGAUGCACACUGUAGCUCAGUCCAGGUCCUGGGGACAGUACAGUGCUGCCAGCAGAACAAAGCCUGGACUCUGGCCUCACUGCCCCAUCGUGGGAGCUCUUCACCUUCCUGUCCAAUUGUUAUUUAAAAAAAAUGUAUUAAAAAUUUUUUGAUUGAG